AUGAGCAACGAUCCAUAUUGCCCAGAGAGGAACAACCCUUCCAAUGUUAAUUAUUUCCCUUCGCCACCCGUGCCCCCUAACCUGUACGGUUGGGAGAUAAAGGAUUUCAAGCUGAAAGAACUCGAAGCACUGAUCCGAUAUUAUGGAUGCGGUCGCAAGCAUAUGUCUGGCAGAUCCAAAAAAGAGAUGUUUCGAAACCUCCUCGGCAUCUUUCAGAGAAUACCAUCCAAGCCCUCUAAGAGUGAAUUUUUUGAUCAUAUCUGUGCUUUGGGCCUCUCGACUUUGGGCGAGGGCGCUGGUUCACAACAAGGGUCCCAUCGCCAACCCGCAGCGACUCAAGAAACGUCAAUUUCUCUGCUAUCCAGAACCGGUAAGCCUGGCUCUGUUGAACCAGUUCCAUUCAAUUCCGGUUUUCUUCCCGACCAGGAAAUAGCAAAAUGCCUUCGAAAGUCCUUGCUACAGUUUCACUAUCAACGACUUGAACGAGCUCCUAUCUGGUGCAUCAUCCAGCCCAUUCAGCCUGGAAUAAUCCCAAAUCUUGUAUCCCAGGAAAGAGGAGGCACAAAAUACCCCUGCCGUGGCCGCGGGCCAGUUGCAGGAAAUGUUAAUGACUUCGAAGCUAUUGACUGCGUCAUUGUCGCGGGAAAUUUGCUUGAUGCUGGGCUUACGAAAGCCGAUCGAGGCAUUGACUCACAAUGGGAUUCUAGACUCAGCGAACCAGAGAGAAUAUUUUUGAGAUUGGUGUCUAAAAAUUGGGAGGAAUUAUCCGAUUACAGUUUUAUGGAUCCGCUGAAGAGGAUGUUCAUUACGCACCUUCGAGGAUAUUCCUGGGGUGGUGUUUCUGCGGUUCGGUGGGUGUGGGAAAACUGUGCCAAAUCUUUCUCUCAAUUUCUUGUUCAGUAUUCUCAAAAUCCUCAACAUGAGCGCCCAUGCAAGCAAAGUGCUGCUGAACGAAGACCUUGGUCUUCCUGCUACGUGCCUCUCCAGAUUUGCAGUAAGGAAAACACUAUCCAGGCGCAACUGGCCAAUUUUUUUGAGAGACCUUAUCAUACGGAAUGUUCAGGAUGUGGAGAGGAUGUCAAGGUUUCACGAAACUUUGAGAGCCUACCAUUGCGCCUUGCUUUAGCAACAGAUGCCUGUGCGCCUCCUACAGCCCAUACUGCCAGCGCCAUUACUAUCAACUACCAAGACCUGAAGAAUAAUACGCAAAGCACAGUAUAUCGGUGGUUAGGUGGAAUAUACCCUGUUAAAAUGGGUGGAUCUUUUCGCUACAGGGUCUUUUGGAAUGAUCACGAGCGACAUGAAACCGAUAAUGGGAAAAUUCGAAUGUACGAUGGACACCAGCUCGAAGGGAAGAUUAUAGGGGGCAUUUGUACAACGGACAGCUCAGAGCGAGUUCCAUUAUCGUGGUGGGAAGGUCACUCGGCGUUGCUCUUCUACGAGAGAGUGCUUUUCCCUGCAAGACCUUACCUGCACGCGGCUCGUCGUGCCAUAGAGAAGAUUAUUCAAUCCGUCGAACACAAUGAGGUUUAUAGAGCUCCAGCUACAUCAUUAACCUCUAGCCGACCCUCUCUAUCAACAGGCCAAACACAAUCCGGAUUAGCGACCUCCUCGGGAACUUAUUUUACAAAUGUUAAUAUUCCCCUCGAACCACCAUCGCCAAGGAAAUCGAGUACACAAGACUCUGUACAAGCUGCGGUACCUCCCAGAUUUAGCUUCGGCCCACAACUCCAACGUAUAACGUCACAGCACCAGCGCCGCAUGGGACUUCCACCAAGUUCGCUAGGAACAGUCCGCUAUACCAUGGAUGGCAGGGGCCGGAGAAGUGGGGCUGUGGAAUACCCGGGAGUUCGUCAACAGAUGCACCCAUCUGCUUCCCAGCGACCGCAACGAAACGUACACAUUAGAGGUGUCCAGGGCUCUAAUAGAGUUCAGCAGUUACCAACAUCCCGUUAUCCAGCGUCAUAUCUGCCAGUGCCAUCUCAGAAGACUCCCUAUCAGCCAACAUCACCUCAGCGAGCACCCUAUCAACUACUGCAUCACCAACCAUUGCACUCCAAACCAGCGCACCACCGGCCAGCAGCCCUUCAGCCGGCAGCUCCUCAGCAAGCACGUCCCCAACCAAUGCAAGUAAUCCAACCACCAUCAUCUGCGUUUCAAAGCGCUAACCAGGGUGGACAUGUCAUUGUUCCAGGCUUGGAUUCUUCGGCUUCAAAUCCGCAAAUAGUAUCCACCCCGGGGAUUGCAAUUCCGGAAAAUCUCCCCUUAAAUGCCUUUGAUGACGCAUUUAAACUGCUGGGAAAACCCCAACUCACUAACUUUUCAGGUCAGAACUUGCCUUUGCCCUCUGCCCCGGAGAGUGUGAACCAGCAGUAUAAUCCUGCUACGGCUGAACAAUCACUGAAUCCCUUCCCUCAAGGACCAGAGCCGGACGGACCUUACGCGCCGACAUCGUCCGGAAAACCUGUAGCUAUAACUCUACCAGAACCUCCAUCCUUCGUCUCCGCACAGCCUCAACGACAGAAUACGUUCCCAGUUAACAAGGACCAAACUAUUGAUCCCAGGCUUCUUGAACUUAACAAUCCGUACUUUGCAAAUUACAUAGCCUCGUUCGGACGAGAUCCUGGGCAUAUAGAUGAUCAGCCGAGCCAGAAUACAUCAGAGGUACCGACCGUUAACCCCGAGCAAAUCUCUGAGAAUAACCCAUUAGUUCAACGAUACUAUGAAGUGGCCUUUGAUGAACCGGGACUCCAGCCGAGCCAGCCAGCUGUGCAAGAUGGAGCAAGUAAUCCACCCCUCCAAAUGCAACCAGAUAACUCCGCUUGGAAGUAUUCAGAGACAUAUCAGUAUCUGGAGCAAAAUGACUCAUCUAGGAAGCGUAAGCAAGCACCAGAAUAUGAAGAGGUCAUCUUUGAGGAAUCCGGAGAACCUUGA